UUUCACCUUUCACACUUUUAUAGAUUCUGCAUUUAAGCAUCAUGCUGGCUGUUUCUUUCUUGGAAGGUCGACUUCCACAACUGACCAAUCCUUACGCUGUUGCGAUGACGUCCUACGCCAUGGCCAAUGCCAACAAACUCAAUAAAGACAUCUUGAUGAAACACUCCUCCCAACAUGAAGCCGGUCGGUCCUGGACUGUCUCUGGAAAGCAUCAUCACUCACUAGAGGCGACAGCUUAUGCUGUGCUGGCGCUUGUGAAGGACAAAGACUUUGAUAAAGCUGGAGAAGCAGUGCACUGGCUGAACAGACAACAGUCUCACUAUGGAGGACCUGGCACCACACAGGCGACCAUCAUGGUGUCCCAGGCCGUGGCAGAGUAUCGCACGCAGGUGAAGGACCGGCAAAACUUCAAUCUGGACGUGGAGCUGUCCGUGGCAGGAAGAAGCAAAACUCUCAGAUAUACUAUCAAAAGAGAGAAUGCACAUCUUACACGGUCAGACAGGGUGGACAUAAACCAGGAUUUCAAUGUAACUGCUAAAGGAACUGGAACAGCCACUCUCUCAGUUCUGACGCUGUACUACGCCAGACCUGUUGAGAAGAAAUCUGACUGUACUUUUUUUGAUCUGACUGUUAAAAUGGAGAAAGACAAUGAAGCAAAACAAGGAGACAUUGCAAGUUACAAGCUCACUAUGGAUUUCUAGUAUGUGAACAAAAAUCCUAAUAAGUUUAUUAUU